GGAUCGCCCAGCUCUCGCUCCCGGUGCGGCCCCGGAGGCGCUCGAGGCCCGGACGCUGCCCCAGCCGCGCGCCGCCCGGCCGUCUGAGGUGGCGGGGCCGCGCGACGCCGACGGAGAGCUGCGGCCGGGCCCGACGGCGCGGGCGAGCGGCCGGGCCGGAGCGCAGGUGCGGCGGGCCCCGCAGGCCCGGCACGCGGCUGCUCGGCCGCAGGCCGCGAACAGCAGUUGACCCAGAACUCAUUUUCAGGAAACAGCUUCCUUCGAAAUGGUAAAAAAUGAUGAAAUGAGGAAUUUGAGCGGUGUUAUCUGAUUGAGAACCUUCCGAUGAUGAAAGGAGCGUAAGAGGAAUCCUUGAAGCCAUGUGGUAAAAUCGGGAGGCUGAAGAAAAUGGAAAUGUCCUCAUUUCUGUUGGCAUGCGUUUUCCUGCCCCUCGUAAGAGGGCACAGCCUUUUCACCUGUGAGCCAAUCACAGUUCCCAGAUGUCUGAAAAUGGCCUACAACAUGACAUUCUUCCCGAACCUCAUGGGUCAUUAUGACCAGGGCAUCGCCGCUGUGGAAAUGAAGGACUUUCUGACUCUUGCAAAUCUGGAAUGUUCACCCAACGUUGAAACAUUCCUUUGCCAAGCUUUUGUACCAACUUGCACAGAGCAAAUUCACGUGGUUCCACCUUGUCGUAAAUUGUGUGAAAAAGUAUAUUCUGAUUGCAAAACGUUAUUGGAUGCUUUUGGGAUCCGAUGGCCUGAAGAACUUGAAUGUGACAGAUUGCCGUACUGUGAUGACACUGUUCCUGUAACUCCUGAUCCACACACAGAACUCUUUGGUCCUCAGAGGAAAACAGAACAAGUCCGAAGAGACAUUGGAUUUUGGUGUCCAAAGCACCUUAGGACUUCCGGGGACCAAGGCUAUAGGUUUCUGGGAAUUGACCAGUGUGCCCCUCCAUGCCCCAACAUGUAUUUUAAAAGUGAUGAACUAGACUUUGCCAAAAGUUUCAUAGGAAUAGUUUCAAUAUUUUGUCUUUGUGCAACUCUGUUCACGUUUCUUACUUUCUUAAUUGACGUCAGACGAUUCAGAUACCCAGAGAGACCGAUUAUCUAUUACUCUGUGUGUUACAGCAUUGUGUCUCUUAUGUACUUCAUUGGGUUUUUGCUGGGCAAUAGCACAGCUUGUAAUAAGGCAGAUGAGAAGCUGGAGCUCGGGGACACGGUCGUUCUGGGGUCAAAGAACAAGGCUUGCAGUGUGCUGUUCAUGUUUUUGUAUUUUUUCACAAUGGCUGGCACUGUGUGGUGGGUAAUUCUCACCAUCACCUGGUUCUUAGCUGCAGGAAGAAAGUGGAGUUGUGAAGCCAUUGAACAGAAAGCCGUGUGGUUCCAUGCUGCUGCCUGGGGAAUGCCUGGCUUUCUGACUGUCUUGCUCCUGGCUAUGAACAAAGUCGAGGGGGACAACAUUAGUGGGGUGUGCUUCAUUGGCCUGUAUGACCUGGAUGCUUCCCGCUACUUCAUCCUUUUGCCUCUGUGCCUCUGUGUGUUUGUUGGACUGUCACUCCUUUUAGCUGGCAUCAUUUCCUUAAAUCAUGUUCGACAAGUCAUACAGCAUGAUGGCCGAAACCAAGAGAAGCUAAAGAAAUUUAUGAUUCGAAUUGGAGUUUUCAGUGGCCUGUAUCUUGUGCCAUUAGUGACCCUUCUUGGUUGCUAUGUCUAUGAGCUAGUGAACAGGGUCACCUGGGAGGUCACCUGGUUCUCCGAUCAUUGUCACCAGUACCGCAUCCCGUGUCCUUACCAGGCAAACCCAAAAGCUCGACCAGAAUUGGCUUUAUUUAUGAUAAAAUAUCUGAUGACAUUAAUUGUUGGUAUCUCUGCGGUCUUCUGGGUUGGAAGCAAAAAGACGUGCACUGAAUGGGCCGGGUUCUUUAAGCGAAACCGCAAGCGAGACCCCAUCAGUGAAAGCCGAAGAGUGCUGCAGGAGUCCUGUGAGUUUUUCCUGAAGCACAAUUCGAAAGUGAAACACAAAAAGAAGCAUUGCAAACCAGGCUCACAUAAGCUGAAGGUCAUUUCCAAGUCCAUGGGAACUAGCACAGGAGCGGCCACAAAUCAUGGCACAUCUGCCAUGGCAAUUGCUGACCAUGAUUACUUAGGACAAGAAACGUCAACAGAAAUCCAAACCUCCCCAGAGGCAUCCAUGAAAGAGGUGAGAGCGGAGAGAGCCAACACGCCCCGAGCAAAGGAACAGGACUGUGGAGAACCCGCUUUCCCAGCAGCAUCCAGCUCCAAGCUCUCCGGGGAACAGAAUGACAGGAAGAGCCGAGCAGGCAGUGUGAAGGAAAAAAGCAGUGUGUCGGAAGGAGCUCCAAGCGAAGGAAGGGUCAGUCCAAAGAGUGGUGUUGAAGUGGGCAUGGUGAAGUGCAGCAAUUGGCAGGGCCCCAGUUCUCCAGGACCAAGCAGCCUCACAGGCUCCACGUCUCUGCUUGUCCGCUCAGCUUCUGGAGUGAGAAAAGAGCAGGGUGCUGGCAGCCAUUCCGACACUUGAAGAAAGCGGCACCUCAUUACCCUGGAAGCAAAUGUAUAUUACACUGGAGGUGACCGAUGCAUUUGCUGUAGGAAAACCACUGUUGAGCAGGGAGAGCAGCUCAGUGGCACACCCACCUGGACUCCUUGGGCACCUGUUCACCUCCCCGUGCUGCAAAACAGAAAUUACUCCUGCAUUCUUAAUUUGCACUUAAUCCAGCUCUGUCUACUAUUUUUGGUUUGGCUUUGAUUUUUGUUUUUUGAAAUAGGGUUUCUCUGUGUAGCCCUGGCUGUCCUGGAACACACAGUGUAGACCAGGCUGGCCUCAAACUAAACAGAUCCGCCUGCCUCUACUCCUGAGUGCUGAGAUUAAAGGUGUAGCCCACCACAGCCCAGCUUUUGUCUGCUGUUAUACUGGGGGGAAAAACAGAUUUCAAGAAUAAUACAAUGCAUUUAUACCUGAAAAAAAACCAAACAAAUGUCCUGCUUGAUAAUAUUUCUUAAAUGUGGGGCUGGGAAGGGCGUUAGAGGAAUCUUCCUUCUAUUUAUGAGGAUUCUUUCAGUGAAGUAUUUUAAGAUAUUCUAUGUGGUUUCACUCUUUUGAUAUAGAACCAGGAAUUUUUUUUGCUGAAGUAUUUAAAACUUAUCAUUGUAUCUUUAUAUAUAUAUAUUUGAAAAUAUGCUUAUGUAUUUGAACUUUUUUAGAAAAUUGAUUCAAAUAUUUUUAUGAUGUUCUUCUAAUAUUUUAACUAGUUUGUGGUAGCUGCUACACUGAAUUUUUAAACAACUUGUAAAACAGCCUCUUUAUGGUAUAGAAUAGGUGUCACACUGAAAGGUUUGCAAGAACCGUUCAACUCAAGCCACUUGUGCCUUAGCGUUCAUGUGAGUUUUGUAGGUCUCUGAGGGGAGGCCCAUGCUGACACAGCCACUUCCUGAUUGUAUGCCCUCAUCCUUUGUGCUUUUAAAUGAGAUGAGAUGUUAGCUUUCCAUAAGUUAAGCCAUGCUGUUGACUUCCUUUUUUCCCCCGAGUGUUACAUUACCACUCAAGAUUGAAUUAUGGCCGUUGAUCGUUGCUCAUACCUACUUUAGUUUAGAUCCCGAGAGAGGGUCUCACUGUGUAGCUCUCUCCAGCUGUCCUGGCACUCACUAGUAGACCAGGCGGAUCACAGAGAUCUGCCCUACUCUGCACCCACUCAUCUCCCCCUCAGUGCUGGGGUUAAAGGCUUGAGCCACCACACCCAGCUUUCAUGCUUUUGUAAACUUUAAACUUAAAUAUUUUCAAAAUACUACAUACACAUUGUAUCCUAUCUUUCUCAGGUGCUGUGCAAAAUUUUCAUCUGCAGCUAAACUGCAAGAGAAAGUGUGCUAACACUAGCAGUCAAACAGAUAUGGAAAACGUCCCAAUAAACAAAUAUGGUUUGAACAACACACUUAAAAAUACUAAGGAAUUUCUUAAUUUUGUUACUCAUUAAGUAUUAUUUCUUGAGCAAAGUUUUCUUGGAUACUUUGGGUCUGUUGGACCUUCUGUUAAAGUUUAAAAUGAGAAUUAUGUACUGUAUGGAAAAUGUUGUAAAUACUAGCUUUUCCACAUAUAUAGACUUUGUACACAAGAACUUUUUGUGUGAUCUUUUCAUCAAUAAAAUUUUCUUUGUAUAGAA